AGCCCGUAUUGGUUACCAAAUCUGGUUAAAAACAAAACCCUAGGCUUUAAAUCCAGUUUGUUCGUCUGGGUCAAAAGUGGUCGAACCGGGUGUUUCUUUCUUUCCUUCUUUUUUUUUUUUUUUUUUUUUGGGUGGAUAAAAUCACCUUUUUGGUACAUUGGUUAGAUAGUAUCUAAUUGCAAUUGUUGGGUACUAAGAAUCACAAUGGAAAGCAUUCCACACCCAAUUCCCAGAACAGUUGAGGAGGUUUUCACCGACUUUAAGGGUAGACGAGCGGGAUUGAUCAAAGCCCUCACUACUGACGUUGAAAAGUUUUACCAGCAGUGCGAUCCUGAGAAGGAGAACUUGUGUCUGUAUGGAUUUCCAAAUGAAACAUGGGAAGUGAAUUUGCCUGUUGAGGAAGUGCCUCCUGAACUUCCUGAGCCAGCAUUAGGCAUAAACUUUGCUAGGGACGGAAUGCAAGAGAAAGACUGGCUAUCACUGGUUGCAGUUCACAGUGAUUCAUGGCUGCUUGCAGUUGCUUUCUAUUUUGGUGCCCGAUUUGGAUUUGGUAAGAAUGAAAGGAAAAGACUUUUUCAGAUGAUAAAUGAUCUGCCAACUAUCUUUGAAGUUGUCACAGGAAGUGCUAAGCUAUCGAAGGAUCAAUUAGCUGCUCCCAACAAUGGCAGCAAAAGCAAAUCAAGUGGAAAGGUGUCCCGCCAAUCUGAGUCUCAGACCAAGGGAAUGAAGAUGUCUGCACCACCCAAAGAAGAGGAUGAAAGUGGAGAAGAGGAAGAAGAUGAUGAUGAACAAGGUGCUACAUGUGGGGCUUGCGGUGAUAACUAUGCCAAUGAUGAGUUCUGGAUUUGUUGUGAUAUGUGUGAGAGAUGGUUCCAUGGCAAAUGUGUUAAAAUCACUCCUGCAAAGGCUGAGCACAUCAAGCAAUACAAGUGCCCAAGUUGCAGUAACAAGAGGGCCAGGGUUUAGAAGAUCUGAGCCUUUUUGGAUCAAUCACCAAUCAAACAUUGGACAAGGUUUAGAAUGUUUUAUUUGAUAACAAUUUAUAAGUGGAAAAAGUUGUUUGCCUGGUCUAGUCAAUGAACUUUUAAUGAAGAUGGAAUUUGAAGUUUUGCUAGUGUUCAUUCCUAUUGUCUAGUCUUUGGAAUUGUGUUUUAAAGUAGACAUUGGCAAUGAAGAUAUAAUAUUAAUAUACUCUGCAGUUUUGAUUAUUUUUCGCCAUGACUCGAUUUAUUUAUAUGAUUCC